GGAGGCGGGGCUUCUUAGAACGGGGAAAAGAUCAACAGUGCUGGAACACAGUAGCGACGGUAUAGCAACUGAAAUCUUAUACAAACAGAAGGCAGGACCCUUCAAUCGAAGGCAGGCCCAACCAUGGGGAAGUCUCUGUUUUCCUUGCUGAAGCAAAAAGAGGACCAGGAGAACCUGUCUGAAAAAUCAAAAUCUCCCAUUGAGGACAAUAAACAUGACGUGUCGCAGUUUCCAUAUAUUGAAUUCACGGGCAGAGACAGCAUCACCUGUCCUACUUGUCAAGGGAUGGGGAGGAUACCUAGAGACCAAGAAAACCAGCUGGUUGCUCUGAUACCAUACAGUGACCAGAGGCUGAAGCCAAGACGAACGACAUUGUACGUGUCUUUAUCAGUCAUUCUGUGUCUGCUACUUUCUGGUUUGGCUGUAUUCUUCCUGUUCCCUCGGACUAUUGAUGUCACUUAUGUUGGGGUGAAGUCAACCUACGUCACAUUUGACCGAGACCGGCGGAUAGUUUAUCUAAAUAUCACGAAUACCCUGAACAUCACCAACAAUAAUUACUACCCAAUACUCGUUGCCAACAUCACAGCACAGGUGCAGUUCUACAAGACUGUUAUCGGAAAGUCUAUUGUCAGUAAUGUCACCACUAUCAAUCCCCUGGAUAUGCGGCAGGUUGAUUACACUGUUCCCACCAUCAUAGCAAAUGAGAUGAGCUACAUGUUUGACUACUGUACCAUGCCGUCACUUAAAGUGCAUAACAUUGUUGUCAUGAUGCAGAUGUCUGUAACUGUCUUGUACUUUGGCCACGCUGAGCAGGUGUGUCAGGAGAACUACCAGUAUGUGGACUGUGGCUCAAACACCACGUCUUCACGUGGACACAUGAGUGUGAUACAGUGACGCCCCUCAUGUUCCCAUGUCGUGAAACAAAAGCUUGUCCUGAGUGUUACAAAUGGCAGAAGAUGAAGUCUAUACUGUAGGGUGACAACAUCAAGAUUGAUCAGCAAGUUUCAGCCAGAGCACUGAUGUUUUUCUCUAAACCAUCAUUAUCGAUUCUUUAGCACAGCACUGAAGGUUUUGCUUGGAUAUACAGAAGCACUUUAGUACAUUUUGGGAGAAGGAAUGACAGCAGCAGAAUAUUUUACAUAGAGCUGCAAACACUCAAACCACUUUAACUGCUCCGUUACAAUUUUAUUUUUCCUGUGCGUUUGUUUUGUAAUGUUUAACAGCGUGCUCAUUUUAUUGUUAUUUAGCUCUUUGCGGAGCAGGUACUCUUUUGAUUUUUUUGAAAAUGGUGUUAACAUCAACAUGCCAGCUUUCAGAAGUUCAUGAGUUUAUGGGAAUUUUUUAUUUUUUCAUAUUUUGUAUUUUUCCAACCUUUUUAAUGAAAUUCCACAAUUUCUGUUCAAAGGGAAUGUUUAGAAUACAUUUCUACUACAUUUAAAAACAAAAAUGAAGUUGGCCGUUCUGAGGCCAGUACAAUGUGGAACAUGAAUCAGGUGUCAUAAUAAAAUAUAUAUUAAAAUAAAUAUAAAUUUACCUAUGGAAUAAAAAAGAAUGUUUAUUAUUUUUAUUAUAAAAAUGGACUUCCAUUAAUUGUUCUUAAAGCAUUUCUUUUGUCACAUUUUAGUCGAACUCGACCAUAAUUUUUUUUCUUUUGGUGUUGGUGUACAUCAUUGAUAACUUAAUGUUUCUCAGUCACUUUAACCCUUUUGCUUGUCUUGUUUUGUUGAAAUGGCACUUUUACAUCAAAAUCUUUUGUAAUGGUAUUUUGUUUAAAUGUUAUUUUUUUCAGAAAGGAUUUAUCAAUAAAUUCAAUUUCUUUGA